AUGAGGGUGUCCUGCUCCUCUGAGGGAGGGGACAGUCCUCAGUACAGCUGGACUCUGGAUGGACGCACACUGACAGAUGCUGAGCUCCUUUCUGGAAAUAAUGAGACUAACAACAUCACUCUGAAACAGAACGUCUCAGGAAAUCUGGUCUGCUCAGUCAGGAACAACGUCAGUAAUGUCUCCAAAGAAGAGAGAAUAUUGACCUGUGGCUUCAUUUUCAUAAACUGCACCUUAAUCAAUGGGGCACAGAUAUCACGGUGGGUGUAUGAAGCCAACAACACUCUGUGUAUUAAACCAACAAUCACAACUAGAGGCAGUACUGUCGGUGAUGAGACUGGAGUAGUGUCAGUUAAAAACAGUAUAACACCCUUUAAUCAAACUGCCUGCAGCGAUGGCACGUGGCACAAUAAUAAGUUCUUGCUUAUGUGUGGUUUGAGAGCAGUUGUGGUAAUUCUCUUGUUAACUGGGAUUUGUACCUACUUCGCUUGGAAGAAAAAGAAAAAUGAAAAAGCUGAAGUCUCUGCUGUCCCACAAAUGAGAGGAGAUCCAGAGGACUCUGUUCUGAUGAUUGAAAUGAGUUCUGCAACUUACGCCAACACCUAGUUUCACCUUUUAUCUACUGAAAUUUGACAAAACAACACAUUUUUUGUUUUUACUCUUCACAACAUAUGUUUCUCAGUUUAGCAGCUCAUAGUGAUUUUUUUGGGUGUGGAAGCUUUGAUUAGAAAGGUAGUGACUUUAAUCUGAACUACUUUUUUUACUUAAGGUAAAAUUAGUCAAGUCUCUCACAUGAUUCUAAUUACACCUUACAAAACUGUUGUUGCCAUUGUGACAAACAAUAAUUGCAUAAAGCCUUUAAUAAGAUUAAAAGCAGGAGCUUUAAUUUAAUCACUUUCUGCUGCUUUGGUAAGCUGUCCUUUUAUGUGUCCUCAGUUUAUCUAAGAACACUUUUGCUAACAUGUACAUUACUAACUGGAUUAUUAAUGACUUUUGAGAAAAAAACAAAACCUCAUCAGAAUGUGGAGGUGUGAAGCUUCCUUCUGCUGCUUCACAGAGGUGUUACUGUUGCAAUACUUCUAUGUUCAGUGAAACUGUUAAACAAAACAUUAAAAUGUUUAUCGAAAAUAAUGAUCAAUUAAAACAAACAAAACGGACAUCCAAAGCAUCCUGUUUCUUGUAUCAUAAGGGGUGUGUGUUUUGGAUGAAAUAUUCUAACCACAUAAAUGCAAACGAGAGGAGGAUGGCCUGAGACACUUUAGUCAGCUUCAGAACAGGAACAUUAAAGUGAAAAUCUAUGAAGCUCAGAAAAGUGUGAAUCAACAGCAUAGUGUAAAUGUAUUUUAUCACCAUACGUAGUGUUGCCAUGAAACAACAUUAAAACCAUCAAUUUCACAAAAAAUGUAGCAAACCUUUUUCUA